AUGAGUAGUUUAGUACAGCCAAAACCAGGCAGUGCUCCAACUGGUUAUCCCGGUUCAAAGAUUCAAACUCGAAACAGACGCCCAGUUCGUGUUAAUUAUCCAUUGAAGAAACAAUUUGCUUCUGUUAAUUCAUUGCAAUUAAAUAAUAAUAAUAUCUCAAGGGUAGCUUCUUGCAAUUCUUGGUAUCCAUCAACUCAUUCAACGUUUAAUUCUUUUCACGCACUUAGAGAACAAAGUCAUCAAGCGCGUCCUUUUAUUAACGGUGCAAGUAGCUCUUAUUAUGGAUCGUAUCAUGCAGAUGAAUAUCGAAAUUCCGAUGCUAUAGGAAACAUAUUAAUUCCAGUUUUUGGUAUCGGUGGAGUGUUGAUUAUGUUUGUAUGGGGUUCAGAAAGAAUUCCUUAUUCGGGAAGAAUCCAUUUAAAUUUUUUACCAAGAGAUUUAGAGAGAAAAUACGGAGAAUUCUCUUUUAAUUAUGUAAAGAAAACUCUUAAAGGGAAAAUUCUUCCGCAAACACAUUGGAAAAAUGUUAGGGUUAGAGUAAUAGCCAAUGAUAUAAUCGAAGCUUUAAGGAGGGGGUUAGGAGAUGACAAAAGGGUUCAAGACAGUAGUGGUGAAGCAAAGAAAGGUUCUAAAGUUGCUACUUAUCUUUUGGAAGGACUAGAUUGGGAGACUUUGGUUGGUGAUGAACCAAUUGUUAAUGCAUAUUAG